AAACAAAAGAGUGAAACCGUCGCGUCGUUACAGAAGCUAAAAAAUAUAUUCCGUUUCUUUUACUCUACAGAAUCAGUAAUCAAAGGCAUAAUCUUAUGCAUGGCCAUUGAACGGAAAGAUGCGGCAUGAUGAAUGAAUCGGAAUUUCUCCCUGUCCCAAAUGAGGAAAUACCUAUACACAGCACACCUAUUAAGUCCACUAUCCCACCAUUUUCAACACGGAAAAGAGCACAGAGCAGAUUGUCCGAAGACCAGGUUGGGGAGAAAGUUCCUCCCAGAUCUCAAGACAUCCCUCUUCAUACUCCAGAAUCUCAAUAUCUGAGUCACAAAGUGGGCUCAUCAGGAUCUUCAGCAGUCAAUCCGGGAGAACACUGGAGAGCUUCAACAAUGCCUUCUGCAGGCAGAAAUUGUAACUCUCAGUUAAUUUCCGAGAGAGUAGCAGCUCAACCAAAUUCACAAUAUUUGUCCAGCAGCAAGGGAGGUGACCCCAGUUCUUCAGAAAACAAUGUUUAUUAUCAAACUAUUCCAUCAGCAGGAUCUCCCAAAAGAGUUGAAGAGCUGAGAAAUGGGGAAAUAGGAAGACAAAAGGGAUAUAACUCCUCCAUAUCAACUAGUGAUGGGAACAAUGCUGGUGGAAGUAGAAGGAGAAACUCCCCGGAGACUGGUAGAUAUUCUGAUGGACACAAGUAUUCACCAACGAUAGAGACUGGUAGAUAUCCUGAUGGACACCAGUAUUCAUCUACAGCAAAAGAACCCCUUAGUCUGUCUUCCACUAAACAACAUCUCUUAUCCACUUCUAAUCAAAGAAAAGAAAGUUCUCAUAGUAAAUCCUUAACUACAUGUAGGGAAAAUCAAAACACAACAGUUUACAAACAGAGAAAUGAAAUACAGCUAUUAGUCACGGAACUUCAGGACAGAGAUCGGGAACUAAAUGACAUGAUGAUGGCCCACCAGCAACAGCUGAUUGCAUGGGAGCAGGAUCGACAUAGAAUUUUAACAUUAGAACAGAAGCUUGCAAAGGCUCAAGAUGAAGUUCAACAUAGGACAAAACAAUUGAGGAUGGCUAUAGCAAAAUUAAAGGCCUUAAGUAACGAAAGCACGUGCCAGAACUCCACUCUGGAAACAACACAGGAGCAGCUGACAAAACUCUGUCAGGAAAAUGAUUAUCAAGGCAUACAUAUAAAGGAGCUGGAGGAAAAAUAUCAGGCACAAGCAGAAAAGAUAAAAGAAAUGUCUUCCACCAUCGGAAAAUUAGAAGGCAGAGAACAAGAGAUGUGUACAGCUCUCAGGCUGAAGGAGAAAGAUAUUGUGACUGCAACAGCUCAAAUGAAGGAACUUGGGGAGCGUUUGAAACAACUGGAUCUACGCAACAAGCAGUGCUUGGACCGAGAGACAGAUGCAUUGAAACAAUCCAACCAAUGGAAGGACAGAUAUAAUGAGGUCAAACAGGAACUCGAUAAGACACAAGCUUUGCUGCAGAAGAAAGAGCUUGACCUUCAAGAGCAUAUGAUGUCUGCAUUAAACAUACGAGAACAGCUGAGCCUGGUGCAAGAUGAAUUCUGUCAAAGAGAAAAAUGUAAAGACAAUUUGAUUGAGUCCAUGAGAGCAAAGCAAUAUAGAACAGACCAACAAUUACGCCAAAUCAGAGAGUUAUAUGACAGACAACAGAGAGAGGUGGGGCUGCUACAGCUGAACUUAGACACGACAAGAGAAACCGUCAACAAGCAACAAAGCAGUCUAGAAGAGUACAGCAACUCAAUGAAGAACUGCAGUAACUGUAGUAAACUAUCACCAGACUCCAGAAUAUCUCCAGAGAAAGACAUUUCUGAAUUUUCUGAAACUUCAAAGAGAUCAUCUUCCUCCAAAAACAGUUAUAGUGCACAAGGCAUGACUGACAGUGACAGGCAGACAUCUUUGACAACAGACGUUUAUUCUAACAGUGUGAGAGAGAGGACCAAGGGGGAUGGAGUUAGCUUUGUAAACAGAAGCACAGAGUGGAAAUCUCAGAAGUGUAGUUAUGGUGACUGGCCAGAGGAAGAUGACAAGGGAGCUAACCUGAUUGACUUUUCCUUGGAUUUGAGGCAAGAGGAAAUUGAUAAAAACCCCAAACCUCUGUCUCCAGUUGUGUGGAAGACUUCAUUCUCAGUUCAGCAAAAUAUAUCAGCAGCAAAAUCGAUACAGAAAUCCUCAGUGUUAAAUUCAUUGGAUUCAGAUCUGUUAAAUCGUUCUAUUUCACCCGUACCUCAUGCUCACCAUUCACAGUCUCAUAGUUCAAAACCAGACAGACUCUCUCAAUCUACACAAGACAACAAUUACAGAAGUAUAGAGACUGUACAGGGGACUAGUACAUCUUCCCCCAAUAGGAGGGAUGCUAAUCAGAGUUUUCAAGAUAAUGUUUCUUCUGGCUCUCAGCCUAAAGGAGGUGCUAUAACAUCAGUUAAUGAACCCAAAACAACCUUUGAGGAUCAGCUGUCUGUGUUCUUAGAUGAUGAAAGUGAUAAAGAUCCUCUUGUAACUAGGGAGAAUGUCUUAGGGGAGGAGAAUUCACCACUAUCGAUGUUAAACAGAAUGUUAAUCAAUACAAAGAAAAUGGCAGAGAAUUAAGUUUCAUCUUAAAGCCCUUCCAGCUAGGAACAUAAAGCAGGAUUAUAGGAGAGGGAGGAAACAAGAGCUGAUCUGAACGUCCAGGAUGUUAACUCGUGGAAAUAACAAACAUGACUCUGUAGCUGCUGCACGAGAUUUACAUCAGUUUUAACCAUCAAAGGAAUAACUGUUAUGAAAUUGAUCUUUUAUUGCUUGCAGUAAUACAAUUUUAAUGAUCCAUAUACUAUUUUAAUGAGAAAAAAUAACCUUUUUAAUUGAAGAGUACUUUCUCUAUUUACCAUAAUUCUUCCUGUUAAACAGCAACUUAUGUUUUCACAUGGUAGAACACAAUGCAUUUUAAAAGUGUAUUUUUAUUUUUUCCCCUCUCUCCCACAGUAAAUGCACCUAUGCAUUUUUUUUAAUUUCCAAUGCACCUGCAGAGUGUGGUUAAGGAGUUUCCCUUUAUUAUUUAUAGCUCAAUAAUAUUAAAUGUUAUGUAGAUUACACUAGCUACAGCCAGUAUUAUUUAUCCUUAUGGAGUUUGAUAUACUGUGUAGUAUAUACCAGGUAUAUAGCACUAUAGAAUAUUAGGCAACCAGUACCCUCUGUUGUUUUAGGUAUUUAUUUAUUCUGUACAUGUUUACCAUUGUAUAUAUGUAUAAUGUUUAGACCACUUUUUAAAAAAGUUGUCUAGUCUGCACUUUCUAUUAAAUAGGAUUUUGAAAACAAAUAAAUUUUAACUUUUUUAAGUAUGUGUGUAUGAGAUAAAAAAGUUUAUUUUAAUAAGUGUCCACCAUGUGUAAUAUUGAAACUGCAGAUUUUUUUAAGCAACACUUCCUGGGUUUAAACUGACUAAAUUAAGUCUCACAAUAUUUAUUGUAAAAAUGUUAUAGCUUUACAUCCCUUUCCUCACAACUUGGUUAUGAUGAUUAGAUAAAGAUGCCAUGUCUUUCAGAAAAAAAGAGUUUUACUUCAAAAAAUGUGACCACUCUGGUGUAUUAUUUUGUCACAUUGUUAUAUUUAUCAAUGAAAUAACAAAUUAAAAUUGAAUUGUAUUUCUUUGUAUUUCUUGGGGUUACAGUACU